GACAUUUUGCCCACCUGGCACGCGUCAGCCAGCAAGCGCGCAAUGCCACGUCACCAUGACAUCGCCCCUGCGUACUAUUAGUCAUGACCACAUGGUCCCCCGCUGCUGCCGGGAUUUCCGCCGCAAGGGCCGCCGUCUUUCUCGGCCUGGUCCUCCUCCUUUCCUCCGCGCAUCCGGCGCAGUCGGAGCGCCUCUUCGGGUCGCUGUUAAGAAUAGGACGCGAGUUCGCCGCGACGCGCCUUAGAUGGCCUACUAACAAGGACCCGCCUACGAUCCCCUCGCUAGCGCAGCUCCCCCCAGAACCCGACCCGCGCAUCGAUAACUAUGACUUGGAAGGGAUGCGAUCGAUGCGGCCAGUCUCAAGCUGCCACGUGGCCCGCCGGAGCUGUCGGAUCCGGAGCUCCGGGUGAGGCUCGGCAGCGUCGCCCGAAGUAAGGAGUCGUGGCUCGGCAGAGCGAUGGACAUGGACGAGGCGUGGGCGGCGUGGGAUAAGGCCGUGGGAUGCGCCGCGUUCCGAUCCAAGCACGCAGAUUUGAUUGCCGAGUACCAGAAUGCCACGUGGCCCGAGAGCAGCAGCUUCCAGGAUGCGUCCUCUCCACCGUGUUCGGCUCUCAGGCUGCCUCAUGUCACGAUUCAGGUGGUUUCCUCGCCCUCCGUGCCUGACUGGCUGGACGGGCUCUUCGCCUGCCCGUGCCGCCUCUCCUGCUCCUUCUCCCGCAGCGCCGCCCUCGCCGCCUCCCCGCACGCGCUGCUCUACGAGGGCGAGUUGCCCCGAAAUAUGAGCAACCAGCAGCGCGACAAGGAGGAGGGAGGUCGGCCCCUUGUUGUGCGCAUGGACAUGGAGGGACAUGUGGCCACGGACGCACCGCCACAGCAUGCUCAUGCUCAUGCUCAUGCUCAUGCUCAUGGUGCUGCUGAUGGUGCUGCUGAUGGUGCUGCUGAUGGUGCUGCUGAUGGGGCUGCUGAUGGUGGUGGUGCUGGUGAUAAUGGUGGUAGUGGCAGCAGCAGUGGUGGUGCGGAUGUGACAGUAGGGUAUGGCCCGGAUGCGGAUGUGCAGGUGACGUACGCGGGGCAGCUGGAGCAUGCUGACCGCAACCGACACGUGUCUGGGGUCAAGAGGAAGGGUCCUCCUCUCAUCCACGCUGCAUCUCGGCCGUCCUCCUGGCGCGAGCGCAUUGGAGCGGUGGUGCGGCGCAUGGCGCACAGCAUUGGCAGCCGCACCAACAACAUGAAGGAGGAUGACGCCGAUGUGCUCGCUACAUACACCAUGUGCCGGUAUGCAGGCAUGCACGGUCAGAGGGUGGACUCGGACGGUGGGGGAGGGAGCAAGGGGAAGGGCGUAGGUGAGAAUAAGGAGAGGGGGGCCAAAGAGAGUGAGGGGGAGGGCGUGAUUGAGUCUGCAGCAACAGCAGAAGCAAUGCGAGUGGUGGAGGAACGAGGAGGAGGAGGGAGGAGGGAGGAGGAGGAGGAGGAGGAGGAGGAGGAGGAGGAGGAGGAGGAGGAGGAGGAGGAGGAGGAGGAGGGAGGGGGUGGGGGGAAGGGGGGGGAGAGGGAGGAGGCAGCAGAGUGGACUGAACAAGCUGAAGAGCGCCCAAGGCGGCCAAUGAGCAUGCGAGAGAUACGCCUUGGAGGGAUACGCCUUGGAGGGAUACGCUUUGGUGGGGGGGACUGGUGGGACCACUUGCACUGCGUGCAGUCACACUACCUCUUCAACCUUGUUAUAGAGUCACGCGAGGAGAGGGGCUUCGUGACAGAGAAGUUCUUCCAUGCGCUGGACGCAGGCACCGUGCCAGUGUACUAUGGAGCACCUGACAUUGACAGCUUUGCUCCCCCGGACUCGUUUCUGAAUGCGGAUUUGGUGCAUCGGGACGAGUUAAGGCGCACCAUAGCCUCAGUUGCUGAGGACCCGGUGAAAUACGCCAACUUCCACGCCUGGCGCAGGUGUGGAGUAUUGGGUCAUUACCAGCGUGCGCUUAGUCUCAGCAUCGACUCAUUUCCUUGCAGAUUGUGCGCGCAUAUAAGCAGCAGAAGUGUCGGCAUUUCCUCUUAAAAUUGUAAUUGUAUGUUGUAGUGUUGCUGAUGUCAUCCAGCGGUGUAGGAUUGUAAUGUAAUGCGUGCAAGACGUUGCAUCGAGCUCCUAACAGCGAGGACCAUCCCACCUCUCA